CAGCAACGCAGCUGUUGCUCAUUUAAAAUGUUUCAGUACAAGACAUAUAAUCCUGGUGUAUUACUAGGUAACUGGUUCGAAGAGAGGGUUCUUGAGAAGGUAACACAUAUGUUAUCAUCUACAACUGAUUCAGGAGGGGAGAAGUGCACAUUUAAACAAGGAAGAAGGUCAUGUUUCAUCAACACGCCUGCUGAAUUUGAUUUCCGAAAGUGAUCCUAAUCUGGUAGGCUUUUGUUUGAUACUUGUAAUAGAUGGAGAUUGAUUGCUCUGCAAUGGCUACAGAUGGAUAUCUCAGGUUUGGCUCAAACAUUCAGAUUCUUAACACAGGAUCGUCUCCAUAUUAUGUGAAAUAUGGACUUUCAUCCCCACGUGACCCUCACGUAGUCAGUCUUUCAGUGGAUUUUUCAUGCAACUUAAACUUGGAAAUUUCGAAUUGCGACGAUAACUUUUUCAAAUUUAUAGACAGAAACGGUUAUCUUAAUGUGACAGCUUCCAAGAAUAUUCAACCUUCGCCUAAAAAUAUAUUCAAAGUGUUGUGUUUACGCGAGAAUCAAAAUGGCCGAGUAAUUCGUUAUGGUGAACCAAUAGUUUUAGCCUUACAACCAGACAUUAUUUCAUCAAAAUGCCCUCCCAAAUUACAGAAUAAAUUGAUCAGAGAUCAAUUUUUGUUUUUGGCCAGUGAUUUAAAACACUUAGGUGAUCAGAAUUUGCAACCAGAAGCACAAGAUCUAUUUUUUGAAGUUGGCACACCAACAUUUUUAUCACAAUGGCGGCUAGAAUAUGAAGAUCCACAUUUAAGGAGAGAAUUUGAAGGUAGACCUGUUAAAGCUGAUCAGAAACUGCUGAUUAAACAUGUUCGAAGUAAUAAAGCAUUGGCGUUAGAACCAAAAUUUACAGUUCGUACCUUAUUUGGUAAAGAAACUUGUCUCAGUGUACGUACGUACUAUGAUUCUCAUAAACUGGAGCGUGAUGUCAAUGUAUGGGUUCUAGCUUCAGCUAGACAACAAGGUUUAUCAUGUACCUCAAAUGAACAAACACCACAUAAAGUCCUCGAGAAUACUUCUUUAGAGGGUGAUUGUGUUGCUGGAGCUAAUGAAUGCGUUGAGAAGAAUGUUAAUUUUGAAUAGAAUGCUGAUUGCACGAGAAGCCAGAAAACUGCAGUAUACUGAAAGGGUGACUACUUAAUACUUUACAAGUAGUUAAGCGUUUAUGCGUGAUUUUCUCUUCUUGACACUCGAAAAGCGAAUAAUUCUGAUUAUUUACUCAACAAACAAAAUUUAAAACAAAAGUGUAUUGAAUCAUGUAUAUUGUUUAAAUAACUUUUGAAGUUUUCAUUAAAUCUGUAAUGAUCUUAUAGUAAUUCAAAUUUUAAAAAACAC